AUGGGCCAGGGCGUCGAUGCCGCGCGCCCGUCGCCGCUGCUCGAGUCGCCAGGCUCGCCGUCUUCAUGGCCUUCGCCAACGGCUCCCCUGCCGCGCCAGAUCCCCCCGCUGGACGAGCGCCACGCCAUCGGCGCGGGCCAGGCGGGCCUGGCGCUCUUCAAGGCCAUAGUCGGACCGGGCAUCCUCUUCCUGCCCGCCGGCGUCAAGAACGCUGGCCUCGCCUCGGCUUGGUGCAUAAGCGCCGUGGUGGGGCUUGUGUCCACCUGGUGCAUGCUGCUCGUACUCGACACGGCGAGGCACCUGCGCUGCCGAGGCCAGGUCGUGGCCGACUUCGGCGACAUCGGGGCGGCGGCCUUCGGGCCUCCCGGGCGGCUGGCGGUCGCCUCGGCCAUCGUCGUGGCGCAGAUGGGCUUUUGCACCGCGUACUGCGUGUUCGUUGCGGAGAACGUGCAGUCGGUCAUAUCGAGGGCGACCGGCGGCUUCGAGCUCCACGGCGGCACGGUGGGCCGCGCCGGGCACGGCGAGGCGUGCGACUUGGCGUGGCCGUUCAGUGAUUGGCGGCUUGUCUACCUUAUCAUCUUGGUGCUGGUGCCGCUGAUCAUCCCUGGUGAGGCCAGCUGGGACUACCUGUGGGUGGCUGUCUGCGCGCAAGCCACAGCCUUGCCAACCAUCCCUUUAACUUGGGUGAGGCAGAUCCGGUUCUUUACGCUUACCAACCUUCUCGCCAGCGUGCUGGUCCUGGCGUCGGCCGCGUACAUGCUCACGUCCUUCUGCGUGCAGCUCGCCGCUGCCGGUGUCGCUGAGGGCGUUCAGUGGUUCGCGCUCCCCGGCACUUGCGUCUACUUUGGCACCGCAGCUUAUGCCUUUGAGGGCAUCGGCGUCUUGCUGCCCAUCGAAAACAGCAUGGCCGAGCCUAAUCGUUUGCCCGCGGUGGUCUGCUAUACCCUCGGCGGCACCAGCCUGCUGCAGAUAGCCUUCGCCGGCACGGCGUACCUGCUCUACGGCGAGAGCACCAGCCGCCGAGACAGAUCCAUUGUCACGCUCUCCCUGAGCAGCGGCCCAGCGCUGGGAGGCAUCGCCGCCGUGGAGCUGGUGCAGGUGGCCUGGAUCCUCGAGGUGCUGCUGACUUUCCCGCUGCAGCUCUUCCCCGCCGCGGGGCUCGUGGAGCCCGCGUGCUUCCGCGGAGGCUCCUUCCGGCAGCGGCGCUCGGGCCGGAAGUGGACCAAUCGGAACGCGAUCCGCGCGGGGCUGCUGCUGAUCUGCGUGGCGGUCGCCAUGGGCGGCUACACCUCCGUGGACAACCUGGUGGCCCUCAUCGGGGCGCUCGGCUGCGUCCCGCUGGCCAUGCCCGACAGUGCCUGUGCCGUGCUGAUGGCGGUUGUGCUUGCGAUCAGGUCCUGGGUGUCGAGCACGUUCGAGUUCCAGCAGUGCGUCCUCAGGCCCUCCCCGCCAGGCUGCGCGCUCCAGGAGCUCUGCGCCUACCGUUCUGGCCUCGGCGCCGACGGCGUGCUGACGCUGCUCGCCGCGGCGGCGCGGGCGCCCCGGAUGCGCAGCGCGAGCCUGGUCGGCAACGCGCAGCACACCACGGCCUGGCUGGAGGAGCUCGGCGCGCCCGCGGCGGAGCUGCUGAGGGCGCCCGCGGCGCUGCGGGUGGCGACGUUCUCCUGCCCGGAGAGGGAGCUGCAGGCUGCGAAGAAGCUCUUCGACGACCUGCCCGUGCGCGUCAUCCUGGUGCCCAACGAGCAGAACAACUACAACCGUGCCCUCUUCCUGGGGCACUGA